AUGAACGGACACAGUACUGCGAUCAUGCCGUACGCUGACCGCCUGAAGGCCUUUCGCAAGUCGGACGAAGAGCGCGAUUCCAUGAUUGCCGAAAUCUUACGCAACUACGAGGAGUUACAGCUAAAGUACAAUGAGAAGUGUGACGAUUACAAUAAUGAGAUCGAGUCGCGCCGUAUGUGGCAGAGCAAGGCUAGGUCGACUGAAGCGGCGUUUAAUGAGCAGAAGCAAGCUUCUGGUUCUAAUAAUUUUGCCGUCGCUAUACUGGACGGAGACGGCGCUGUCUUCAAUGAUUAUCUUUAUGCUCAAGGCAAAGAGGGGGGCGCAGAUGCAGCUCACCAACUCUACACCGCUCUGCGUAACAACCUUUUGAGCCUUUAUCCAGAAGCUAAUGUAUCCGACUGGUCGAUCGUAGUUUAUAUCGUCCUUAACAUCCAAGGCCUUGGCACCAAGCUUCAAGCCUGCGGCAUCAUUGCAAAUCCCAACGAACUUACAGGCUUCGGACGAGCCUUCAGUCUUGCGCAGCCGCUCUUCACGUUUAUCGACGUGGGUAGUGGCAAGGAGCGCGCAGACCACAAGGUCCGGGAGACGCUCCGCCUGUUCUUGCCGAAUGCGCAGUGCAAGCACGUCUUCUUUGGACCUUGUCACGACAAUGGGUAUCUGCCCGUCUUGGAGCCAUAUAGACUGGAUUCGAACACGGCGUCGAAACUCACUUUAUUAGAAACUUUACCGGCAGCGCCUGGCUUCACGCAGCUUGGGCUAAAGCAACUGCGUUGCCCGCGUGUCUUCCGUGGCGAGAAUCUUCCCGCCAAACCUGUUAUAAUGCCAAAUAGUUUCGCCUCGCCAUCUCCGACCAUCACGGCAAACGUUCCCAUCCGCUCCCAGCAGUCAAUGAGUGCUGCAACCGCAUCUUUUGUUCCGCAAAGCACGGCGAAGACCACCGCGCCAAUGCCUAGCCCGAGUCCAUCCGUUGACCCAGGUGCCUCCAAUACUUGGGCGGUCAUCGGCAACGCCGAGCCAGCGGCGAAGAACAUCAGCAUAGCGCCAAGGAAGACGCCGGCCAAGAAGCACAUGACGCUCAAUGUUCACGGCGAGCGACUUGAUCCACCUUUGCCGGAGAAAGACCCUGCUGCGUUCAAACGCUUUGCAGAUCGCGUGAACGCUCAAGGCAAUUGCUGUAAUAGUUACCAUCUAACCGGCAAAUGCAAGUCAGGCGAGAACUGCAAGCACGCGCAUGGCGAUCGCCUGUCGCCAGGCGAGCUUUUGAUACUCAGGCAUAAGGCGAGAAGCCUGAAGUGUCCGAAUCAGUAUGCUUGCCGCGACAUUAACUGCCUUCAGGGACACCAUUGCAAGUUUGGAAGUGGCUGCAGGCUCGACCAUUGCCGUUUCAGUGACACGCAUAGCAUGGACUUGCCUGCCAAGCGCGCAUAUGAGGACGGCACUGAAGACUUCCUGCCGUCGUACCUUGAGAAGUACCAGAAGUGA